AUGACAGCUCGCUCUGCUGGAAAGAAGCUCAAAUCUGUAAAUGAACCUGCAGAUGCAAAGGAGCGUGGAUCUGGGAACUCAUUCUCUGCAUCGACAGAGCAGAAAACUGGGAAGCCAUCCUCAGCAAUGAAGAGGAAAGAGGCAUCCGAAACACCUGCUGCAAAGGAGAAAACUGAGGGCACGGGCACGCUGUCAGCUGCAAGUACCCAAACUGAGAGCACGCCUUCUGCUGUAGCAAAGCAGAAAACCGAGGGCACACGCUCUGCUGCAACAGGGCCUGAAACCAUGACAACCUGCUCUGCUGGAAAGAAGCGCAAAUCUGUAAAUGAACCUGCAAACGCAGAGGAGCAUGGAUCUGGGAACUCGUUCUCAGCAUCGAUGGAGCAGAAAACUUGGAAGCCAUCCUCAGCAGUGAAGAAGCAGAAAACUGAAAAGUCGUCCACUGCUGCAAAGAAGCAUGGAUCUGGGAACUCAUCCUCAGCAUCGAUGGAGCAGACGAUUGGGAAGCUUUUCUCAGCAGUGAAGAAGCAGAAAACUGAAACCUCGUCCACAGCUGCAAAGAAGCAUGGAUCUGGGAACAAGUCCUCAGCAUCGAUGGAGCAGAAAACUGGGAAGCCAUCCUCAGCAGCGAAGAAGCAGAACACUGAAACCUCAUCCACAGCUAGAAAGGAGCAUGGACCUGGGAACUCGACCUCAGCAUCGAAGGAGCAGAAAACUGGGAAGGGAUCCUCAGCAGUGAAGCAGCAGGAAACUGUAAGCUCGUCUGCAGCUGCAAAUAAGCAGGAGGCUGAAAGUGCGUCCUCAGCGAAAAAGCAGGCGACUGAGAACUCAUCCUCCAAAGCGAAGAAGGAAGAGACUGCUGCGAGCGCCCCCUCAAAGCUGCUGGUUGAGAAGGCUGUUCUGGUGGCUGUAGAUGGCAGGAGGAGUCAAAGGGUCCGGAAGCCCAAAGUUUUUGCUGAAUGA